AUUGGCCCCCGGGGCGGGGCCUGGCGGCUGGGAUCGGUCCCCGCGCGGGGCCCGCCGAGAAUUGAUGGAGUCGGCCGGGGCAACGGGGCCCGCCGGGGCCGAUGGGGCACAGGCGUCGAAGAGGGCCAAAGAGGGGUCGAGGAUUCGCAGUCGCCGGCUGUGGCGGAGAGGCAAGGCCAAAGCCUCAAGGCUCGUACACAGCAUGGACCUGCGCACAAUGACCCAGUCGCUGGUGACCCUGGCAGAAGACAAUAUGGCAUUCUUCUCCAGCCAGGGCCCUGGGGAGACAGCACGAAGACUGUCCAGCGUCUUUGCCGGUGUGCGGGAACAGGCACUGGGGCUGGAGCCGGCCCUGGCCCGCCUGCUCGGCGUGGCGCACCUCUUUGACCUGGACGCAGAGACACCAGCUAAUGGGUUCCGCAGCCUGGUGCACACAGCCCGCUGCUGCCUGGCGCACCUGCUACACAAAUCCCGCUACGUGGCUUCCAACCGCCGCAGCAUCUUCUUCCGCACCAGCCACAACCUGGCUGAGCUGGAGGCCUACCUGGCUGCCCUCACCCAGCUCCGCGCUCUGGCCUACUACGCCCAGCGCCUGCUGGCUACCAACCGGCCAGGAGGGCUCUUCUUUGAGGGUGACGAGAGGCUGACUGCUGACUUCCUGAGGGAGUAUGUGACGUUGCACAAGGGCUGCUUCUACGGCCGCUGCCUGGGCUUCCAAUUCACGCCCGCCAUCCGGCCCUUCCUGCAGACCAUCUCCAUCGGGCUGGUGUCCUUCGGGGAGCACUACAAGCGCAACGAGACGGGUCUCAGUGUGACCGCCAGCUCCCUCUUCACCAGCGGCCGCUUCGCCAUCGACCCAGAGCUGCGUGGGGCCGAGUUUGAGCGGAUCAUACAGAACCUGGACGUGCACUUCUGGAAAGCCUUCUGGAACAUCACAGAGAUCGAGGUGCUCUCGUCUCUGGCCAACAUGACAUCGGCUAACGUGAGGGUGAGCCGACUGAUCAGCCUGCCGCCCGAGGCCUUUAACAUGCCGCUGACCUCCGACCCCAAGCUCACGGUCACCAUCUCGCCACCAUUGGCCCACACGGGCCCUGGGCCCGUCCUCGUCAGGCUCAUCUCCUAUGACCUGCGUGAAGGACAGGACAGCGAGGAACUCAACAUCCUGGCCAAGUCCGAGGGCCCGCGGAGCCUGGAGCUGCGGCCCCGCAGCCAGCAGGCACCCCGCUCCCGGUCACUGGUGGUGCACAUCCACGGCGGCGGCUUCGUGGCCCAGACCUCCAAAUCCCACGAGCCCUACCUCAAGAGCUGGGCCCAAGAGCUGGGCGUCCCCAUCCUCUCCAUUGACUACUCCCUGGCCCCCGAGGCCCCCUUCCCGCGCGCGCUGGAGGAGUGCUUCUACGCCUACUGCUGGGCCGUCAAGCACUGCGCCCUCCUUGGCUCAACAGGAGAGCGGAUUUGCCUUGCGGGAGACAGCGCCGGCGGCAACCUCUGCUUCACCGUGUCCCUUCGGGCUGCAGCCUAUGGCGUGCGGGUGCCAGAUGGCAUCAUGGCAGCCUACCCGGCCACACUACUGCAGUCAGCCGCCUCUCCCUCCCGGCUGCUGAGCCUUAUGGACCCCCUGCUGCCGCUCAGCGUGCUCUCCAAGUGUGUCAGCGCCUACGCAGGUGCACAGACGGAAGACCACUCCAACUCAGACCAGAAGGCGCUGGGCAUGAUGGGGCUCAUGCGGCGGGACACAGCCCUGCUCCUCAAAGACCUCCGCCUGGGCGCCUCCUCGUGGCUCAACUCCUUCCUGGAGCUGAGCGGACGCAAAGCCAAGAGCGCAGCACCAACGUCAGAGCCAAUGCGCCGCAGUGUGUCCGAAGCAGCCCUGGCCCAGCCCGAGGGCCCACUGGGCACAGACUCCCUCAAGAGCUUGACGCUGAAGGACCUGAGCGUGAAGGGCAGCUCCGAGGCCACUGACACCCCCGAGAUGUCACUGUCGGCUGAGACACUGGGCCCCUCCUCGGCCUCCGACGUCAACUUCUUCUUGCGGCCUGAGGAUGGUGUGGACGAGGCGGAAGCCAGGGAGGAACGCGGCGCCAAGGACAGAGGCCAGGGCGUCAGGGCCGCCUUCCCUGAGGGCUUCCACCCGCGCAUCUCCAGCCAGGGGGCCACCCACAUGCCCUUGUUCUCCGCGCCCAUCGUCAAGAACCCCUUCAUGUCCCCACUGCUGGCACCCGACAACAUGCUGAAGACCCUGCCACCCGUGCACAUCGUGGCCUGCGCGCUGGACCCCAUGCUGGACGACUCGGUCAUGUUCGCGCGGCGGCUGCGCUGCCUGGGCCAGCCGGUGACGCUGCGCGUGGUGGAGGACCUGCCCCACGGCUUCCUGAGCCUGGCCGCGCUGUGCCGCGAGACGCGCGAGGCCACCGAGCUGUGCGUGGAGCGCAUCCGCCUGGUGCUCACCCACCCCGCGCCUGCCGCGCCGCCGCCGCUCUGAGCCACGCGGGGAGGUGGGGGGCUGCGGGGGCCGCACUAAAGACAUUGUUCCACCCGCGCAGGCCUCCGUGGUGAAUGCGCUCCGGGACCGGCCGCGGGGAGGCCUCGCGAGGGGCUCCGGGCCGUCGGGAGGGGCGGGCUAUGCCUUAAAAUCUGGGACCGCAAGGGGGAGCUGGGGGGCCCGAAAGCUGAGACCCCGGCCUGGGGGCGGAGGACGCACACGCCGGCCACCCAGGCAGCCGGACCUGCACUCCACCGCUGCCUUCUACUGCUGCUGCCACGACCGCUGCUGGUCGCUUUCCGUUGUAAAUAAAAGUAUUUAAUUAGC